AUGAGCUGCAGCAGCUCCCCCAAGGCAGCACCGGCCUCCACCACCUCAGCUCCAGGCCCAGAGGCCGCAGUCUCAGCCCCCACCACGCUGCCCGUUGGCACUGCUUUAGAGAAUAAGGCCAGCCCCAAUGGGACAGCUGAAGGGCCUGGGGCCAGAGCUGCAGCAGAGGGCAUGGAACCCGUGGUGCGUGGGCGGGCUCUGGAGUCAGUGGGCUGCGUGGCACCCCUGGAGGGGGCCAUGUCUAACAGGGUAUUCAUGCUGCCAAGCGUGGCCAAUGAAGACGUGAAGCCAGUGGUGUCCAGCACGCCUUUGCUUGACUUCAUGAUGCAGCUGAGGGAUUACAGGCCUACCAUCCCUGAUGCACUUACUGGUAACUACUUGAACCUCGGUGGUUUUGAGGCCUCGGACCCACGCAUAAUUCGGCUCGUCUCCCUAGCUGCCCAGAAAUUCAUCUCAGAUAUUGCCAACGAUGCCCUACAGCACUGCAAAAUGAAGGGCACAGCCUCUGGCAACUCCCGAAGCAAGAGCAAGGACCACAAGUACACUCUAACCAUGGAGGACUUGACCCUUGCCCUCAGCGAGUAUGGCAUCAAUGUGAAGAAGCCGCACUACUUCACCAGUUUAAACGUCCUUGUCUGUCCCCUUGUCCCCACACCAACCUGUUUUCAUAAUAAACUUUAAUGUGACAGGCAAAGAAAAAAAAAGAAUUUCAAGAGAACACCAUAGGAGUCCCUGUUGUAGCUCAGCGGUAACGAAUCCAACUAGUAUCCAUGAGGACACAGGUAACG